GUCUGCUUGACGAUACGUAAAAUAAAAUACCCGGCGGUGUUGAAAAUUGCAAUGAAAUGGGGAAAAGUGAAGCAAAACGUUACUUGAAGAACAAAAUCGUCGAAAGCUUUACAGACGUGACACUCGAUGACUGUGCCAACAACCCUCGGAAAAUUGAACGAAGAAAAGUGAAAAUUCAUUUAAAAGAUAUCGGAACACCUUUGUCACCAGAACAGGAUUAUUGUUCCGACAACAAUUCAGAAUCUGACGAGACUGUUUCAAAAAGUGCACCCAUGUCUCACUCUCCAAAGAGUAAAAAAAACAAACUAAAAGAUAAACUGACUGGGGGAACAGUUUACCCUUCAGACAUUUGGUUCCUUAUUGCAAAAUAUAUUCCACCUGAAGAUCUCUCCAGAUUUGCACUUAUAUGCAAAGAUGCCUAUCGUGUGAUACUCUCAGUCCAUUUUUGGAAGCAGCUCUGCAAUAGAUUCAAGGGUGAUGAGGCAUCACUUCCAAAAGACUUACAAAAUAUUUGUGAUAGCAGACGCGGGCUGAGAGCUCGUGGAAUACGAUUGUUAUAUUUGCGGUGUCCUUCUUUGAUAAAAUAUAUUAAACCUCCUGUGGCGGCACGGUACGAGCCCUACACAUUGCAAGGAAUGCGCUUGGUCUUAUCAUGGCACGAGAAAGAAGGAAGCAGUUGGAAUUUUUAUUUCAAAUGGAUCAAUCGAAAUUCUAACGAAAGGAAUAAUCGAAGAGGAGAACUUUUUGAAAACUUCGAGACAGACUGUCGGGUUCUAAAGGCUACGUGCAACGAAUUCGUGUGCUUCCCAUAUCCACAAUACAGUUAUCUGUCGAACAUUCACCUGGGGCUGACAUCAGAUAUGCGGCACCAGAAAUUAUCGCUGGGUUUCAGCGAUUAUACAACGACACAUUGCGUAGCAAAAAUGAAGCAGAAUCUUGGUCGAGGGAGUGUGGUUCAAAAUCGAAUUGAUCUGGAACCCAUAACGCGAUGCAUACUAAUGGAUUGGUGGCAUCCGGAGUAUCCAUAUCCACGCGAAAAUCCUCGACCAUCUAUAUUGCCUUGCCCAAACGAGGAAUGGUGAUUUGAUUUGAUUGUUAAUUGUAUAAAUUCAAAUUCACUGUGUUUCUUAUUAAGUUCAUGAAACAAAUAUUUUCAUUUUGUUACUUUUUCAGCAAUACAACUGAUGUUAAGAUUUA